CAAGAAGUGCAGCUAUCCAAUGAAGUUCAAGCAUGCAGGAGCGGGACAACCAAUGGGCAGCAAACAUUGAAGUAUAUAAACCAAGGUCUGACGUCUUGCAAAGUUGGGCAACCCCUACAUUGGCUUGGUGAACAGGAUCUGAUCCCAAGGACUGUUACCUUUUCUCCCAUACAGAUUGCCGGAAAAGUGCAAUCAUGACUAAGAACUGCAACAACGAUUACAAGAUGAAGUUUGCUGUGGAUGAGGAGUUUCCUGACCUCUCCCAGCACAACAACCAUAUGUCCAAGGUCCUCACCAAGGACAUCUACAACAAGCUCAGGAGCAAGUCAACCCCCAGUGGAUUCACCCUUGAUGACUGCAUCCAGACUGGUGUGGACAACCCUGGUCACCCCUUCAUCAUGACUGUCGGCUGUGUGGCUGGGGAUGAGGAGUCCUAUGAAGCCUUCAAGGAGUUGUUCGACCCCGUCAUUUCUGACCGUCAUGGUGGCUAUAAGCCCACCGACAAGCAUCUUACUGAUCUGAACUGGGAGAACCUGAAGGGUGGUGAUGAUCUUGACCCCAACUACGUUCUGAGCAGCCGCGUACGUACCGGCCGCAGCAUCAAGGGAUUCACCCUGCCUCCUCACAACAGCCGUGGUGAGCGCAGAGCUGUGGAGAAGCUGUCCAUUGAGGCUCUGAACAGCCUGGAUGGUGAGUUCAAGGGCAAGUACUACCCACUGAAGGACAUGACUGACAAGGAGCAGGAGCAGCUCAUUGCUGACCACUUCCUGUUUGACAAGCCUGUGUCCCCCCUGCUGUUGGCUGCUGGCAUGGCCCGUGACUGGCCUGACGGUAGAGGUAUCUGGCACAACGACAACAAGACCUUCCUUGUGUGGGUGAACGAGGAGGAUCACCUCCGUGUCAUCUCUAUGCAGAAGGGUGGCAACAUGAAGGAGGUCUUCAAGAGGUUCUGCGUUGGCCUGCAGAAGAUUGAGGAUGUUUUCAAGAAGCACAACCACGGUUUCAUGUGGAACGAGCAUCUUGGUUUCAUCUUGACCUGCCCCUCUAACUUGGGUACCGGUCUGCGCGGUGGUGUCCACGUCAAGCUGCCCAAACUCAGCACACAUGCCAAAUUUGAGGAGAUCCUGACCAGACUGCGUCUUCAGAAGCGUGGCACAGGUGGUGUGGACACAGCCUCCGUCGGUGGUGUGUUCGACAUCUCAAACGCUGACCGUCUGGGCUCCUCUGAGGUGCAGCAGGUGCAGCUGGUGGUCGAUGGUGUGAAACUCAUGGUUGAAAUGGAAAAGAAACUGGAGAAGGGCGAGUCCAUCGAUGACAUGAUCCCUGCCCAGAAGUAAACUGCCAAAAGUGUUUCUUUUUUUUAUUUGUUCAUGCAGUCGUGCCAUCAUGACUUUUCCAAAAGACACUCCACCCUGCUUCCUUUUGUCCUACUUUUUUUUUCUCCUUCCUUUCUUUCCUGUCGUCUUCUUUUUCCAGCACUUUUUCUUCUUAUCUUGCUGUUCCUCCUGUAACAUCCUGGGAUCAAACAUCCACAUAGCUAGAAACCCCUAGCUGUGUUGUAUUCACCUAAACUUUUUUGGUUGUACAAAGUUUAAUAAACGGCCCCAUGUAACAAUCAA